AUGCUUCAAAUCAUUAAAUCUAUACUAAUAGCUUCAGCUAUGUAUUUAACUAGUCCCAAAGCAAUAUAUCCGACUUUUAAUAGUGUUUAAAACACAUAAUGGGAAGACAAUUUAUGGCUUAAUUGUCAAACCAAAGCAAAUAUUGUUCCUUUUAAGUGUUAAGAAGGAGAAUUGAAUUGGUAAGAAUGUUAUUAAGUUCCAAAAGAAGGUCUUUGCUUAAUUAAAGAUAUUGAAACAUCUUUUUAAGGUAAUUUGAUAUUUAAUAUCACUUUCAACUCUCCAGCAAUUGGUUAAUAAGUUGAAAUUGAAAUAAACAAGAAUAACUUAAAAUAACAAUUAACAACUAAUUCAUUCUGGAUAUAAUAAGAAAUUGACUCAAGUUCAAUCAGCUUAAAAAUUUUAACAUUUGGAUUGGUUUUAUCUGAGAUUUCAAUAAGUUCUGACUGCUCAUUAAAUUGCCAAGAAUGCCACUCUGACAAUACUUGUAAAAAUUGUUUAUAGGAUUAUUUUCUAUUUAACUACAGAUGUGUGCCUUUAAAAUGUGUAGAUUAAAUCUCAUAAUUAACUUUUGGUUCUCACAUUAGCUCUUCAAGUGAAAUUGAACUUAACACUACUAAUUUACUAAUAACAUCUAAUUUUAAUAUUCCCUUAAAUGGAUGUCUUAUUCCUAAGGUUUAUUUAACUAAAUCUAUAGAAGAUAAUACCAUAACAACAAUUUUAAAAAAAGAAUAGGUAAGUUUACAUGAAAGUGAUAACAAAAUUUUAAAAUAUUAUUUGACACCAGAACAAUUUUAAAGCUGUCAAAAUAUUCAAACUGCAGAAAAGAUAGUAUAUUAAUGUUUUAUUGGAUUUUCUAUAUCAAUGAAUAAAGUAAGCUAAUACUUAUUGAUGUUGAUUUCUUAGGUAGAAGUAUUAAAAUCAACACAAUCAUACACAAAUUCUAUUUAGAUUUUUGAAAUGCCAACAUCAAAUAAUGAACCUUUUAUAGUGGGACCAAUCAUUAUUUUUAGUGAUUCUUCAAGUACUGUCAUUGAUACCAAUAAUAAAUUAGUACAAACCUCUUAGAAUAUUAUGGAUCCAAAUUAUUAAAAUUAUGAAAGUACUUUUUUAAAUGGAUCAAUAACUUAAAAUUCAACUAGUAUUCCUUUAAAGUUAGAAGAUUAAUAAUAAAGUGGAUCCACUAUUCAACUUAUUCUCUCCUACGACUAAAAUGCUUUUAACUAAAAUUAAAGUUAUAAUAUCACUAUAAGUUCUUCCCUUUAAUAAAAUUCUAGGAGGAGAUUAUUAGGUGAAAGAAAUAUUAUUCCAAAAUUAGAAAUAAAAAAUAACUUUGACUCUAACAAAGUCUAAUAUUCAACUGUGUAUUUACCCUCAAAUGAUUCUCAAUAAUCCUCACUUAAAGGGGGAUAUUUGGCUUUAAUAUUUAUUGCUGUGAUUAUUUUCUCAUUUCUUUUCAUUAUUGCAACAAUUGUGCUCAUAUAAAAGGUAGAAAAUAAAUAUUUCUAAAUAAAAUAAAUUAAUGAUAAAAAAGACACAAAUGAUCCAUAAAAUAGCUGA